UACAUGAUUUUGCGCGGGACAAACAACAUAACGUAACGUGUUAUUUAUAGAUUCUAAAUUUAAAUUAAAUUGUAUUCUCAAUUGUUUUAAAAUGGCCGCCGUCCCAUUGAUGAAAUUUGAAAAUGGUAACACUUGUCCCGUUAUUGGAUUGGGAACGUGGAAGUCGAAGCCCGGCGAAGUCACCCAGGCAGUGAAAGACGCCAUUGACAUAGGUUACCGCCAUAUUGACUGCGCACACGUCUAUCAGAACGAGAAGGAGGUGGGGGAAGCGCUCAAGGCCAAAUUCGAUGAAGGCGCUGUUAAAAGGGAAGACAUCUUUAUAACCUCCAAAUUAUGGUGUACGUUCCACCGGCCGGACCUCGUGGAAGGAGCCCUGAAGGUGACUCUUGAGAACUUGGGCCUGGACUAUCUGGAUCUCUACCUCAUUCACUGGCCGCAAGCAUUCCAGGAAGGCGACGACCUCUUCCCAAAGGAUGAGAACGAUAAGUUCAUCCCCUCCGCUGUGGACUACGUAGACACCUGGGCGGCCAUGGAGGCGCUGGUGGAGAAGGGGCUCGUCAAGAGCAUUGGAGUCUCCAACUUCAACAAGAGACAGCUGGAGAGGGUUCUCCAAGCGGCCAAAAUCAAGCCAGCUGUUCAACAAAUCGAAGUCCACCCCUACCUGAACCAGCAGCAGAUGUUCGAUUUCUGCCGCAGCCAGGGUAUCGUGGUCACAGCGUACUCCCCCCUCGGCUCCCCGGACAGACCCUGGGCCAAGCCGGGUGACCCCAACCUGAUGGAGGACCCAAGGUUGACGCCCAUCGCCGAGAAGUACGGAAAGAGUGUGCCUCAAGUUCUGAUCAGAUACGCCAUUGACCGCGGCAUGAUCGUCAUCCCCAAGUCUGUGACCAAGAGCAGGAUCGCCCAGAACUUUGACGUGUUCAAUUUCAAGCUGAACACCGAGGACAUUGUCCAGAUCGCCAGCCUGGAGUGCAACGGGAGACUCUGCAGUAUGGGGGACGUCCACCAUCCGGACUACCCUUUUCACGAGGAUUAUUAAACACGCACAAUUAAGCAGAAAUAACAAUAGAUUCAUCCACGUGUCCAACUUAGGUUCGAAUCUCUGAGACCAGGAUGUGCAAGAUCGAUUAGCCUGGCACCACGCACGAGUGUAACAUUUAAAAGCACGUCACAAUUUUAUUGGCGCGAAAUUAGCGCAAUACUAGUGAUAAAUUAUGUCAAAAUAAAUUAUUUUGUCAUUA